AUGCCCAAAUGCUGGAUAUCCGAGUUGAGCCCCAUUACACGUCAUUUGCCUGAGAGGCGAGUGACCUGUCCUUGCAACCUUUUUGCCAAUUUCGGGUCAUCAUUCAGGUAUUAUAGUACUCGGUGUGCCCUGGUGUGCAUGACGGCUAUACUUGACACAGCGUUCAAUGAGUUUGGCCCCGGCCUAUCUGGCUUGCCAUUCGUCACUGUCAGAGGUACAUUAUCUGUCUUUCAUUCAUUUUGCUGGGCUGGGCUAAACGGCGGAGCGUCCCUCAUGGAGAAACCACACGAAAGUUCAAAUUGUCUAUAG